AUGUCUGAGGAUGUUCGUGCCGCUGUUGGCAAAAUGUCGCGGGUACUGCGAAUAGCCAAAGAUCGUGCCAAUACGCAGUUCGGGAAGGUUCGAGAGCGAGCGAAACGUUUCAGCUUGAGCGGAUCGCAAGCUGCAGCAAGCGCAAGCCAGAGCGGUGCACCUUCGGAUGAAGCCUUGCCGGCGGACCUGGACAAGGUGAGGCAACUCACGGACUUCGGCUUCUCUGAAGUAGCCGCUCGACAUGCCCUGCGCCUGGCCAAGCCGCAGAUAGCCCAAGACAAGACAAGAGACAAGAUUGCGCAACGCUUCAUCCCUCCAAGGAGAGCUUGUGCCGGGCGCUUGGACCUGGCAGGCCCAUGGUUGCCGGGGGCCUCGCCCCACGUUGCAACCUUACAGAGGCUGGACGAGGCAAAUGCUGACGAGGUCCUUGCUGCAGAGGCUCGUGGCAGCGCAGGAGGUUGCAUCGAGAUUUGGCCAAAGCUCAAACAGACACUCCAUGCUGGAGAGGCCGGAAGAAAUGGAUCGGUGCCUCAAAAAUACGAAAGCCCGGCUUUGGCAGUUGGAGGCCGUGCCAGGGCUGCGAACUGA